CAGUUGUCUGUUUAAUUUGGGUCGACAGCUCUCUCCCCCAAUGGUCUCGUCUGGGGAAUUUUGGUUUCAAUCUGGAUUUGGGACUCCUCCCUUGUGUUCUUCUAAUCGACGCCAUAUACGAUGGUUUGUCAGUUAACCCAAAAACACUACACUCUGUAACCGAAAAACAUUAUUUUGCACGUAGACUGUUCGUAGAGUGGAGUUUAAAUAUAAGUAUGAAAAUAGAUAAACUGUAGAGAUAGCCUAAGAAGGUGUUUGGUUUCUAGGGACUAAUGUUUAGUCCCUACAUUUUAUUUCAUUUUAGUUCCAAAAUUGUCAAAUAUAGAAACUAAAACUUUAUUUUAGUUUCUAUAUUUAGCAAUUUAUAGACUAAAAAGAAAUAAAAUGAAGGGACUAAACAUUAGUCCCUACAAACCAAACACCCCUUAACACUGUAUUGAUAGAGCACGUUACUGACUCCGGGCUUGGUUGGCCUCGACGAGCUUUCCAUUCUCUGAUGCAGCCCGGAGCUCUGCAACCGAGCUUGCUUGUCCAGCUUAAUUAUUUUCGAUACUACUCUGGGUCUGGCCGCCGGGAGACGUCUGCGUCGUCAGUCGGUUUCAGGAUGGCUUCUCCGCUCCGUGGCGUCCUUCCCAUCACACAUCCAUCCAUAGAAAAAAUGCUUGCCUUCUUCCUACCGUUUGAUCAUAUAUACACGCAACUGGUUCGAUUACAUACAGCACAGGACCACACUACAUUAUAUCUGCGAAGACUGCGAUCGGCCUCCCAUUUGCAUGAUUAAAUAUUUGCCGAAUGUCUUUAUACGUGUGUAAAUGCACUCGUGCUGGAUAAGCAGCCUCUGGUCCAAGAAAAAAAAAAGGUUCCAGGUUCUCAUCAGGCAGAGGCAGAGGUCACCUUCUGCUGCUCAACGCAACACUGCACAUACAUACAUACAGAUGGGUUCCGACUUCCGAGGGGCCUUCUCCCGUCACCACCACCGUCCACGUCACUGGGUUCAAGAAGUUCCACGGAGUCGCCGACAACCCCACCGAGAAGAUCGUGCGCAACCUCGCGUCGUUCAUGGACACCAGAGGGCUGCCCAAGGGCCUGGUGCUCGGGAGCUGCACCGUCCUCGAGGCCGCCGGGCAGGGCGCGCUUGGCCCACUGUACCAACUGCUGGAGUCCACCGUCGUCUCCGGCCGGGGACGUGGGAUGCCGGCUCAGGAGCGAGUGAUUCUGCUCCAUUUUGGCGCCAACAGUGGUUCACAUAGGUUUGCGCUUGAGAAUCGAGCUGUCAAUGAAGCUACUUUCCGUUGCCCUGAUGAGCUAGGAUGGAAACCACAGAGGACGCCUAUCAUAUCAUCCGAUGGAAACAUCUUACACGCAAGACAGACCACACUGCCACUGAAGGAAAUAAGCAAGUCUCUCCAGCAAAUGGGAUAUGAUGUGAUGCCUUCAGAUGACGCUGGUCGAUUUGUGUGCAACUAUGUCUAUUACCACUCGCUUAAGUUUGCAGAGAAGCAUGGCAUCACGUCUCUCUUCGUUCAUUUCCCCCUCUUCCUGGCAAUUGAUGAGGAAGUUCAGAUGCAAUUUGUUGCCUCCCUUCUUGAAGUCCUCGCUUCCUUGAACUUCUAGUAGUAACCUGAUGGUAGAUCUAUCUCUUCCAGCGGUGUAUUGUUCCCAAUUUAUUUGGAAGGGUUCCCAAUUUACAUGUGGAGUGAAUAAGAAUGAGGAAUCAUUCAUGGAGUUAUGUGUGCUUCAAAAUGUGUAAAAAAACAGCUCUUCUCAAAGAACAUGUCCAGGCAGUACAGAUGUACAAAUAUCCAAAGUGGUUUAUAUGACAGGUGCUAUUGUUCUCAGAGAUGUGUUUCACUCUGUUCUUUGACAUUUACAGAAACAUUUUUCUGAUCAUCAGAUCAUAUGUAAUAAAGUAACUUACAAA